GGCCCGGCUCAGCCAAAGCAAAAUCUGUAGAAAGAACUAGUACGGGCAAAAUUUGUAGAAAGAAGCAAAUGGGAACAGCAACAGCGCCAUGGAAGCUGCUUCUGUUACACGCGAUGGAGUCCAACUCCCACCUCAAGCACUCGUCUUUCUUUCAGCUUGCAACGAUUGGAUUAAAUGGGAGACCUUCGAAUCGCACCGUCGUUUUCAGUGGUUGUUGGGUUUUCAGAGGAUUUCAAGAAAACAGUGACAAGAUUCAAAUCAACACUGACACACGUACUCGCAAGAUUGAAGAGCUUAAGCAUUGUCCAUUUGCCGAGAUAUGUUGGUACUUUACCGACUCUUGGGAGCAAUUUCGGAUCAAUGGAAGAAUUGAUAUUAUUGAUGGGUUGGAUCCUGAUCCUGUCAAACUACAGAUAAGAGAGAAAUCUUGGUCUGCGAGUUCUGUGAAAUCAAGAUUGCAGUACUUGGGCCCUAAUCCAGAUCUUCCCUGUCUAGAGCAACAACCCCUGGAGUUUUCUCUAGAUUCUUCUACUGGCCCAGUUGAUGCAUUUUGCCUGCUGGUUCUAGAUCCAGAUCAGGUUGAUUACUUGAAUCUGAAGAGAAAUCAGAGGCUAAUGUUUACAUCUAGACUAAGUGAUGAUGGAGAGAAAUGCUGGACUUCAGAGAGUGUCAACCCAUAAUCUCGAUUUUGUAUUGGUAAGAAUAAUAAUGAGAAAAUCUGUUGCCACCUUGAACUUGAAACUUUUAUAGAAUUAUUAGGGAUUUGAUUUGAUAUUUUUUAAUAAAAAAUCCAUUCAUGCA